AUGGAAAAUGUGUCAUCGACGCAAGCAGGACUACAGCGGCAACACCUACCUGGGCCUCCAGCUGGGCACAGAGCGCUUCAGGGCCGUGAUUCUGGACUCGCAAAUGAAGGUGCAGUACACGGCCAAAAUAAGCUACGACGUGGAUCUGCCAGAGUUCAAGACAUCGGGAGGAGUGCUCACCGAUGCGUAUCCCGACGAGAGCCUCGCUAAUCCCGUUAUGUGGGUCAAGGCCCUGGACAUGCUGCUGAAUUGUCUGAGCAGCCAGGGAGCGGAUCUGCACUCGGUGGCGGCCAUCGGGGGAGCGGCCCAACAGCACGGCUGCGUCUUCUGGUCGGACAUCGGACUGCGGCGUCUGUGCAACCUAAAUCCGAUCCUGCGCCUCCACGAGCAACUCAAUGCCGGCGCCUUUGAGCUGACGCGCACGCCCAUCUGGAUGGACGGUUCGGCGGGCGCGCAGGGCUUCGAGAUGGAGCAGAAGUUGGGUGGCUCCGCCGACCUGGCCGCCAUCACGGGCUCGCGUGCCUAUGCGCGGUUCACUGGCCCGCAGAUUCGCAAGGUCUACCAGCAGUGUCCGGAGCACUACGCGCGCACGUCGAGGAUUUCGCUGGUGAGCAGCUUCCUCUCCUCGCUGCUGGUGGGCGGCGUGGCCUCCAUCGACUACUGCGACGGUUCGGGCAUGAACCUGCUCGACAUCAACAGCCGGAAGUGGUCCGAGAAGUGCCUGGAGGCGUGUGCCCCAGACCUGGCCAGGCGGCUGAUGAAGCCCAUCGCACCGUCGCGUCUCCAGGGGCGCGUGGCCGACUACUACGUGAAGCGCUGGAAUUUCCGGCCCGACUGCAUGGUGGUGCCGGCCAUCGGCAUCGCCCAGUCCAGAUACGUGGGCAUGCUGCUGGAGAAGGACCUGCUGAUGCUCUCGCUGGACAUCAGCGACACCAUGCUGGUGCACCUGGGCGCGGCUCACCGCAAGAUGGACGAGGGCCAUGUGCUGUGCCACCCCACCAUACCCAACGAGUACCUGGGUCUGCUCUGCUUCCGCAACGGCUCGGGUGUGCGGCAGGCCUUCUGCGAGGAGCUGGCCGACGGCGACUGGGAACGCUUCAAUGCGAUGCUCGACUCCACGCCCAUGGGCAACGGCGGCAACACGGCCCUGCAUUUCUACGACAGAGAGAUCGUACCCGAGGCCAAGGGCACGCUGCGCUGGCACUCCCGCCUGAAUCCCAUGUCGCAGGAUGCGCUCCGCGGCGUCGAGGAGUUCGAUCGGCCCGAGACGGAGGCCCGCGCCCUCAUCGAGGGCCAACUGAUGCAUCAUCGCGCCAUUGCGCAGGAGCUGGGCUUCCAGUUCGGACCCAACACCAUGGUGGUUAUGGCGGGUUCCGACUCGGGUAACCGCAGCAUCCUGCAGAUCGUGGCCGAUGUCUUCAAUGCCCCCGUCUACGAGAAGCUCGGCCCUGGCCCCUGUCUGCUCGGCUGCGCCUACCGCGCCCGCUACGCCUUCUACGAGCACCGCGAGGCCACCUGCAGCUGUCGCCGCUGCCGCAAAGGCCGUCCGCCCAAGCAGAGCUUUGGGCAGUUCUUCAGCAAGCUGCCCAAGGAUCUGCGGCUCGUGGCCGAGCCCCGUCCCGGCUGUGAGCAGAUCUAUGCGCCGCUCAUUGUGCGCUGCAUGAACAUGUGCCAGCUGCUGGCGGCCAGCACCAGCAUACACGACAGUCACAUAAUCAUGGAGACGUGAUUCGCAUCUACCUAAAGCUUUAAUUGCCAGAGUCCAUGGGUCAACAAAGUGUCUUGGGCUAGAAGUCAGCAUCCCAGCCGGAGAGCUCGUCCGGCGGCUCAAUGGGGUCACAGGGGAAACGAUCGAAGUAGCGCACAUCCGUGGCAUGGGCAAUGGGCCGCACAAAGGGCGGUAUCAGCAGCUGGCUGGCCAGGCCAUCCCAGUCAAAGCCAAGGAACCAUCUGGACAGAAAAGAAAAGUCGUUACAAUGCCCUCCAAUAUUCGACAAGGAUUCCGCCACUCACUUGUGCUUCUUGAUGUCCUGUAUGCCGCCCGUCUGGUAGCCCAGCCGCUCCGAGGGCACGUCGCGGCAGAGCCGCUUAAUGAGCUGCACCGCCCAGCGGGACGUGUGCUUGGGGAAGUCGAUCAUGUCAAUGCCCUUGAGAAUGAGGUUGUACGUCUGCAUGGGAUCCGGGGCACUAAAAGGAGGACUGCCAAAAGCCAAAACAAAAGCAGCUCGUGGAUGAGGAUGCCCAGCGCCCAGUAAUCCACGGCACGAUCGUGGCCCUUGUUCAGGAUAAUCUCGGGCGCCACGUACUCGGGCGUGCCGCAGAACGUCCACGUCUUGGCGCUGGUGCCAAUGUGCUUGGCAAAGCCAAAGUCCACCAGCUUCACGUAGCCGCGCUCGUCCAGCAUCAGAUUCUCGGGCUUGAGGUCGCGAUAGAUGAUGCCGCGUGCGUGCAGAUACUCGAAGGCCUGCAGCACACAGCCAAUGAUGAACUGAGCGGCAUUGUCCUCGAAGGAGCCGCGGUCGCGCAGCAUUGUCCAGAUCUCGCCGCCCAUGCACGCCUCCAGCAGCAUGUAGACGUACUUCUCGUCCCGGAAGGUGCGAUGCAGGCGACAGAUGAACGGACAGUGGGAGCUGAGCAUGAUGGUGCGCUCGCUGAAGAUGUGCUCCUCCUGCUUGGUGUCCACAAUGUGCCGCUUCUUCAGGCACUUCAGGGCAAAGGUGUCGACGCGGCCCUGGUGGUGCGCCUUGACCAGUUCCACGCGCCCAAAGCCACCGAUGCCCAGUGUGCUGACCACCUCGAGAUCCGUCAGCCGCAAAUCGGGGAACUCCUGCUGCUGGGCAUGUGCGCCGAGCACCUCGUCGCUGUGCGCGGCCGCCUUCAUGGCCAGCAUGCGACUCUCGUCGCCGUAGUCCUUCUCCUUGAGCUCGCACAGAUCGCCAAUCAGCCGCUUGAACGAGUCCCUGUCCAGCGACAGGCACUCCACGCCGGGCGACAGGGCUAUAAUGUUCGCCGUGCGCUUGUCCUCGUUGAUGAGCGCCUGUUCCCCGAAGUAGUCGCCGCGGGCGAGUGUGCGCAGCUCCGUCUCCUCCAGCGCGUUGGGCGUCAGCUUCUGCGUCACCCGGACAUUGCCCUGCGAGAUGAGGAAGAAGCUGUCGCCGGCUGUGCCCUGCCGAAUGAUGUACGUGCCAGCGGCAUAGAACUCCAGCUCGAGGACAUCGGCGAUCUUGGCCAGCAGCUCCUCGCUGAGAUUCCGCAGCAGCGGCACCGAGCGCAGGAAAUUGACGCUGUUCUCGAUCCGCUGCAGGCCCGUGCGCAUCAUAAUCUGCUGGAAGACGCGCCGGUCCAGCACCCACACACGAGACUCGCUCAGCACCCGGAUGGAGGCGGUGCGCGUGCAAUUGUAGAGAAUGGCCAGCUCCCCGAAGGCCUUGCCCGGCCCCAUCUUGUCCAGCACCUUGCCGUUCUGCAUCACCGCAAACUCCCCGCCGGCGGACACGUACAGGUGGGCACCCACCUCGCCCUCGCGUAUGACAAACUCCCCGGCCGCUAUGCUCUUGGAGUACAUCGAAUCGACCAGCUCGCGCACCUGCGAGGCGUCGAUGUUCUUCAGGAAAUCAUUGUCCAUGAUGGCAUCUUUGAUCUGUUGCUUAUCGCUGUAAGAAAGUGAAGUUCGUUGCUUAGUAGGAGGCGGAAAUGAAAGUGUAUAUUGGACCCACCUGAAA